CAUAUUUGGGCGCGUAGAGGUCCACUGAUUUUUCGUAAUUUUCCAUUUUUUACUUACAUAAUGUAAAAAUAAACAAUUGUUUUCGUAUAAAAAUAUAAGUUUUCAGACAAUCGAUUGAUUUAUUAAAAUUUGAUAAAAUAGAAUUGAUAAAAAUUCGUUAUUCGAGUGGGUUUCGUGGUGCGCAAGCGUAUCCCUUCUUAGGCUAUUUUCAGCCCAAAGGCACUUACGGCAUCGGUGUGUCAAUUUGGUGUGCAAAAAUUUACCAGUAGAAAAUACCUUUUUUCAAUUGAAUUUGAACAUUUUGGGACAAAAUAUAUAGCGUGCAUUUAAGUUUAAAGUGCCUAAAAUGUGCAGUGUCAAGCAAAAACUGACAGGAUCAAUCGGCAAGGUGUAUUUUGUGGGAAAUUAACCAGCUGAUGGCGGAUGGAUCAGCCAAUAAAGAUCUCCGAUACUUAACAGCGUUCCAAAACUAGAGAGGACAACCGAUUUUGGUAUUCUGUGUCUUCAAAAAUAAACUGCUACAUUUAGUGCUUAGCUUAAGGCUUUUCGCUUUGGAAUAAAAUCCAAGAAAACUAGACAAAAUAAACGUUGUUUUGUCGGCAAGGCAAGGGCGUGCUUAUAUGAACUGAACACACCUCGUCUCUGUCAAUUGAUUCAUUUUCAUUCAUAAACCGUGUAAAAAAUCUAAAUGAUCCGCUUGAAAAUUCGCCAAUAAAAUGCCGUACGUUUAAGUUGUGCAAUAGUGAAGUUUACGGGCCCCCCAAUUUACCCACGAAAGGAUGUCUACCACGGCGUUCGUCGAUCGGAUCGAUCCCUUUGCCAAAAGGUCCUUAAAAAAGAAAAACAAAAAGUCUCAGGGCAGCUCUAGGUACAGGAGUUCGCAGGAUGUGGAGUUGCAGCCUUUGCCCUUCUUAAAAGAUGUGCCAGCUAGUGAACAAGAAGAGCUAUUUAUUCGUAAGUUAAGGCAAUGCUGCGUGGCCUUCGACUUUAUGGAUCCAGUAAUUGACUUAAAAGGCAAGGAAGUGAAACGGUGUUCCCUGAACGAGCUAGUUGACUAUAUUACAGCCGGACGGGGGGUUCUUACUGAACCUGUUUAUCCCGAAAUUAUUAAAAUGAUAUCAGCAAACCUCUUUAGGACAUUGCCACCAAGUGAAAAUCCGGAUUUCGAUCCGGAAGAGGACGAUCCUACAUUGGAGGCCAGUUGGCCACAUUUACAGCUAGUCUAUGAGUUUUUUUUGAGAUUCCUGGAAAGUUCAGAUUUUCAGCCCACUAUAGGCAAACGUGUCAUCGAUCAAAAAUUCGUGUUGCAGCUGUUGGAAUUGUUUGACUCAGAGGACCCACGCGAACGUGAUUUUCUUAAAACAGUGUUGCAUCGUAUUUACGGCAAAUUUUUGGGGUUACGCGCGUUCAUACGCAAGCAGAUCAACAAUAUUUUUCUUAGGUUUGUGUAUGAGACUGAACAUUUCAAUGGUGUGGGCGAACUGCUCGAAAUUCUCGGUUCGAUCAUCAACGGGUUUGCAUUGCCGCUCAAGCAAGAACACAAACAAUUCCUGGUCAAGGUGCUCAUCCCUUUGCACAAGGUUAAGUGCCUGUCAUUGUACCAUGCCCAACUAGCCUACUGUGUCGUGCAGUUCCUUGAGAAAGACCCCACGUUAACAGAACCUGUUGUCAGGGGUCUACUUAAGUACUGGCCCAGAACCUGCAGUCAAAAGGAGGUUAUGUUUUUGGGCGAAAUAGAGGAAGUUUUGGAUGUGAUUGAGCCUUCACAAUUCACGCGCAUCCAGGAACCUUUAUUUAGGCAAAUAUCCCGAUGUGUUUCAAGUCCUCAUUUCCAGGUAGCAGAGCGGGCUCUAUACUUUUGGAACAACGAGUACAUCAUGUCGCUAAUGGAAGAAAACAAUCACGUGAUCAUGCCAAUAAUGUUCCCGGCUCUGUAUCGUAUCUCAAAGGAGCACUGGAACCAGACAAUUGUCGCUCUGGUUUAUAAUGUGCUCAAGACUUUUAUGGAGAUGAAUUCGAAAUUGUUUGACGAGUUGACUGUGAGCUACAAGGCUGAGAGACAAAAAGAAAAGAAGCGAGAAAAAGAUAGGGAAGAGCUAUGGAAACGGCUGGCCGAGCUCGAAUUGAACCACAACAAAAAUUCGCCCAAUUCUACAGGUGGUGGCGGUGCUGCUUUAAGUAGUCCGAACCCUACCCAAUCGACUGGUACUGGUGGUCAAACUGCCACCCAAAAUAACAACCCACCCAUUGGUGGCAAGAAGUGAUACGUUGUGUCCAGAGUGACUCGGGUUUAGGCUCGGACGAACUGUCAAAUUUGUCAGCCGCCAUAUAUUGGAUUAAAAACUAAAACAUGUGAAACAAACCGCUCCUUGUAGAUUCAUGUCAAGUAACUAUAAUAUAGUGUCUCAAGUUAUAAAAAUAAAAAAACAAAAUAAAAUGACAUUUUUUAGUGUGCACAUAAACAUAGAAAAAAUAUUCAAGGGAAUGGGUACCGUGCAGUACCUAAAAAAAACGUAAAUCUAACUAUUAAUGACUUAAUAAUACAUACAUUGUUGUAAAAAGAUGAUUAUUAUUAUUAAACAAAAAAAAAGAACAUACUUUUAAAGCUAAGUAGAGCUAGUCUAUUUUAGUGUACACUUUUUUUUUGUGUUGAAAAAUCAUGUUUAAAAAAAGGUGUAAUAUAUGUUUUUUUCAACAAAUAGGCUUUUAUUUUUUAUUUUUUUGUUCUUAUUAUCUAAAGUAAAUAUUUAUUUUUUAUUUUUUUAACAAGAAAAUUAGCUUUUUGGUAAAUUUAAGCGAUUGCAAAAAGAAAAUGUAAAUUUACACGUUGGCUAAUAAUGAUAACAGCUGAAGUUGGUCACAGUCCGAAUUGCCUUUUGCAAUGGACCAUUCAGAAUGAUUCAACAAGACAGAAACUUCAUUUCACAAAAUAUUUUUUUUUUAUGUGUAUUGAAAGUAGCAUUUUUCUGGUUCAUCUACUCGGUGGAAAUUUUCUAGGAAUUUUUAUUACUAGAAAUGCUAAUCUUUUUUAAUUGGCAAUAGUGAGCUUUGUGGGGGGCAUUGAUGAAUCAUUUUGAAUUACUAUACAGGAUGAUUUACAUAGCCCGUGCAUUAGAUUGCAGGUGGAUUAAAUGCUAUUUCUACUAAUCUACCUGUAAUCUGGAAAAUUUAUAAUUCACGGGCUACGUAAAUCAGGGUGUAUACAGUGUAACUUGCAACACCAAAUCAAUCUUGAUAAAUUAUUUUGAAUGAUAUGCCCAGUAGGAUUUUAAAGACAAUUUUUUUUUUCUUUCACCAUACCAAAGUUUACCAUACCUGGUACAAGUUUGUUUAUUGGUAACACUGAGGAAUUUUAAUCAUACCAGAUUUUUUUAAUUUUCAUUUAUUUAGCACUGAGCGAAAUAAUAAAUCAUUUCAAAUCAUAUGCCUGGUAGGAUUUUUCAAAAUGUGUUUUCUUUGUUCUAAUAAUUUAAGAACAAAAUCCUGUGACCGUAUAUCAGUAGCCAACAGGUUCAAAAAAAUAUACUGAUGUGUAACCCAAACAUUCUAAAAAUUGGAUUGCUGUUUAUAUUUUUCUUUUAUACCAAAUACACUAUAACUAACAAUCGAAUCCAGUGAUAGCAGAAUUCAUUAUUCUAAAAAAAUGCUGCCAAUAAAGUCAGUACCUACCAUAAAGAAAAAAGUGAUAAGGUGCUAUUACGGGGAAUUGCAAGAAUUUUCAGUAAUAGUUUCAUCAUACCUUGAGUAAUAUUCUCCUCUUUUAUUCAAAUUUAAAACAUUCAAGGCUGUUUAUUGGUUCUAAAUUCAUUCUCAAAACGUAGAUUUGGAGAGACUAUGCCAAGAUCAGAAAUAUUAUUUUACAUAUUUAAGUAUGGCAGCUUCAACAAAAAAGACAUUUUCAGGAAAAAUUAUUGUCUCUCUCCAUGCUAAAUUGAAAAAUUAGGGACUUAAAUACCGUGAAUAUCUGCCCAUACCCUCUUUGUAGGUUUUAGGAUAUUGUGUAAUAUAUUAUUAAUAAAAAAAUCACUAUAAAACUUGUAGAUACAUACAUAUUAUAAUAUAAAAAUAUAUUGUUAAAUUUCUAUAUUGUUUCUUUUCCGUUUUACAUAGAUCAUAAUUAUUUUGUUUUUGAUAGAGUGGCAUUUAGAGGCGAGUAUUCUCUAUUAAUUUAGCAUAGCCGUAGCUAGAACGCUUAGCCGUCAAACUUUUCUAUAUAGAGCCCAUCAAAAAAAGAAAAUACUCGCUUUCUAUAAACUUUGAGCUAAUUUUUUAUUUUGUUGUUAAAUGUUGUUUUUAAUCGAAUAAAACAAAAAUAAUUUCAAUCAUCUCACUAUUGUAAAAUCGAAGCAAGCAAAACUCGAGUAACAUUUAUAAAAAAAAAUAAAAAUCAACCUUUCAUAGUUUGUAUAAGAGCUAAUUUAAAAAUAAAAAACAAAGGGGCCUCAAUUAUUUGAGGAUUUACUUACAGAAUCCGCAGAUUGUCAAUGUACCUACGCGAGUAUGUAAAUAAAUAUUCUCAUUUUGAA